AUGAAAAGUAGAGAGAGGACUUAAAUAAAAAUUAAAAAAGGAAUCAGAAAAAAAAGAAAAGAAGAAAAAGUUAAAAGAGUAGAAUUAAGAGAUGAUUUAGUAAUUUGA